AUUUGAUUAACAAAACAUCUGAUGAAAAAUAAUAAUUAGUCACCCAAAUUAAUCAAAUCUUUUCAACCUACUCAUCUUUAAUAGCCGUUUAUUAUUUGUGUCCAAAUUAGACCAAUCCAUGAAAUCACUUUUGCCCACCAAUUAAAGGGAGAUCACCUCCAAAAAGAAGCAACUAAAUCAACUCCCAAAAAUCAAAUUCACACCCAUACUAGAUUUCACCUCUUUUAUGAAAAGAAUCCAAUAUAUUGUACCAAAAAAAGUUAGAAACAAAGAAAAGUUGGACAUCACAUCAGAUUCCAUUAACCACGAUAUUCCCAUAUGCAAAAAAAAUGGCCAAUAUAACAUUCUCAACACAAGAAACAUACAGAGAAAAAGGGACAGAACCAAGAAAGAAACUGAAGAAAGUGAGGUCUGUUAAGGUUGCAAACCUGGAUAGAUUGAGAUUAUCAAUGAGGAGAGAAAAAACUCGGGUUAAUCGUAGCGUUGUAUCGGAAUCAUCGUCUACUGCCAUUUCAGGGACAUCAUCACCCAACUACAUGAAAGCUACAACUAGCAGUGCCAGAAAAGGGUCAUUGCAAGCAAAUUCUGUAAGCAGCUGUGACAGCAGAACUUCAUCAGUAAAGUCCACCUUGAAAUUGAAUAAACUUGUCUCAGUGCAAGAAUGCUCUGAUUCUGGAGGUGUAGAUAUUUCAGUUAAAGUCAAAUCAGAGAAAUGUAUAAAGAGGGUGCCUAGUUUAAAGCAUUCAAAGAAGUUGUCUAGUAGAAAAUCAAUGAAAAUUCGGGCUAGAUAUUCUCAGUUUCCAGAUGUUGGCAUCAACCACCAUGAAAUGCUUGAAUUUCAGGACAAUGCUGAUAUCAUUGGUGGGGGAAUAGACAUUGAUUCAGAAAUCCCGAAUGUAAGUGGUUCAGAUUUCCAAGAUAGCAUGGUCCCGUCUAGAGCGAAACAAAAGGGAAACUUAGAGCGAUCAAGAUCAAGAAAGUUGAUGAGAUACAAGAGCAUAAGAUCAUCAAGAACAAAGCAGAGACCACAUUCCAGACUCAGUGGCAGAGAAAUAGAGCUUAUGUCUAGUGAUGCAGAACCAUACGACAUGAAAGGCAGCAGUUCUCAAGAAACAAGAAAGAAUUCUGCGAAAGGUUUGACAAGAACAUCUAGUUUGAGGCCUCUAAGAAUCCUAGCAAAGAUUCCAAGCCUGAGACCUAAAAGGAGUAAAGUAAGGAAAAGACCACAAGUUACUCCACUGUCAAGAACAGGUGUUGCUCGUGCCACCUGUUCAUCCGCUCUAAAGAGAACUGCAUUCCCGGAUCAUGACAUUCAACUUCAUUCAAGGGGAGGUGAAUUGGAGGGAACAUCAUCUUUUCAUGUUUGCCCGUACAGUUAUUGUUCAAUUCAUGGUCGCCGCAACCAAGCCCCUUCUCAACCUCUAAAAGAAUUCAUCUCUGUGAAAAGGAAACUGCUCGGUAACCAAAAACGUGAGCAGCUGGAGAGCCACUUCAAAGACGAAAUGGAACAUUACGCAAGUGCCACUGGAAUGGAUCAAUCAACACAAAUAGUCUCUGCUGAAAGUUAUGCAUCAGGAGAAGUCGAGAAUGAAACAACAGAAAAUGCUGCGGAAGCAGAAGAUGACGGAAUAGACUUUCUCGUUAAAAUCUAUGCCAAACCCAGAAGAAAGUGGGCUGCUGAAGGAGCCCUGAGCAAUGAUGCAGAAGCCUUAAAUGGUUCGACAUAUGACCAAGUCAGUGUUGGGGACUAUGAAGGGAAACUAUCAGAAACACUCAGUGAGACAUCAGGACCUGAGGAAAAAUCCACAUUGAAUGAUGGUGAGCAGGAAAUAUAUGAGACCUCCAGAGGUUGUAAUGUUGACCUAGAUGAUAAAACUCAGCAGCAGAAUAGCAACAUUGCAGCUAUAAGUUUGCCUUUAGAAUUACCUGACAUGAAUGGUCCAGAAUCAGGGUCUAUUCAUAAGUCACUUCAACCAAGUAUAGCAGAAGAAGAGCUUCAGAAUCUCUCUGGGGAUCAUUUACAUUUUGCAAGCAGAGACUCUGCAGUUAGUCUAGGUGAUAAUCUGAUCAAUUAUCUCUCCGACAAACAGAAGUAUACAAGCAUGUGGCAGUUGAUCCAUCAGCAACUUAUUUCGAGUGAAGCAUCAAUGAACGAAGCCCAGGGAGUCAAACGAGCAGAUGAAAAAGAAGUUGCAGAUGGAAACGCUAACCAUGAGAUGGAUAACUUGGAUGUUAAACAGAGUAAACACAACAACAAUUUCAAUGAAGAAGGGGACGACCAAGUUGCAGCGAUAGAGAAGCUUGAAUUGAAUCAGAGUGCAGCUGUUAAGUUGGUUCAAGAAGCACUUAAUGCAAUUUUACAGCUUGAUGCAGAUCAGCAGUCAAAUCCAGUCCAAGAAAUGGCUAAUAGUUCUGUCGAUGAGCAUAUCUUAACUCCUCCAACCUCCAAAGAAGAAACAUUCAGUGAAGGUGGUGAUAUAGGAGGCCAAGAGAUGAAAUUGGAAUUGACAGAAAACCAAAACAGAAUGAAGCAAAUAGGCAACAGAUUACUGCAGAAAGAUGAACCAAAUGGGAGAGAGAUGUCAGGACGACAAAUGUCCAAGAGCCUCAGCAAACUCAGAAAAAUGUUUGUGACUGCUAAAUUCAUCAAGGCAAUGGAAAGACUGAAAAAGAUAAACCCACGCAAACCACAAUAUUUAUCUCCAGAAAAAGCCUCAGAGAAUGAGAGAGUACAUCUAAGACAUUUAAGCAUGAACGAAAGAAAAAAUACUGAAGAAUGGAUGCUUGAUAAUGCGCUUAGACAAGUAAUUUCUAAGCUGGAUCCUGAUCAGCAAAGAAGAGUAGCACAACUUGUUGAAGCAUUUGAAACAGUCACUCCAGAGAUGGAAGAGAAGAGCAACAGGAAUUAUCUUGUGAAAAGUGUGUCUACCCCCAUGUACGGAGAAACGAAACAAUUUGUGGAAUUUGAGCAAGAUGUAUUAUCAUCUAAUGAACAGGUUGUUCCUGUGGAAAAAUGUGCAAAAGAAGAUAAUGAAUAUCAGGCGAGCACAACAGAUGACAAAAUUCUGCAAGAAUCGGAUGAGACCAACAGUUCAGAGUCUACUUUGGUGUUACCUGAGAAGAGUUCAAAGGCAGCUUGUGUUAAUAAUAUAUCAUUCGGUGAUAAGGGUAUGGGUGAUAAAAAACCUAGGAACACUCUCAAGGUUCCAUCCCAAUCUUCUAACAGGGAUUCUGAAGUCAGCCUGGUUGGUGAUAUGACCAGUAUUUUCUUUAAUAAACAGAGGUAUACCGGUAUGUGGAACCUGAUUUACCAGCAGGUUGCAUCAAAUGAAGCAUCCAUCAAUGAGCAGCAGCGAGCCGAUGGAUUCAAUGAAGAAGAAGAUGGUUGUGAUACAAACAACUGUCAGGAAACGAAUGACAUGGCAUCAACUCCAGAUAUUUACAGCAUGGAUCAAAGGGAAGAUAAUGAUAUCCAAAGUGCAGCUAGUGAAAAGCCUGAACUUGACCAAUCAGCUGCCAUAAAGCUAGUAAAAGAUGCCCUUAGCGCAAUUCUAAUGCGUUAUGAGCAGCCAACUCAUUUACAGUCCUCUCAAGAUCAUCACAGACGUACUGACAACACUAGAGAUUAUUACAUUUCUGCUCCUUUAUCUUGCACAGAAGAUAAUUCCACUAAGAGUGAGGAAAAGCAUACCUACUCAGACCCAGAAGAUAAGCUGCAUUAUGUAGAGGAUACAAGUUUACCAGUCCAAGGGCAAGUGGAAUGUGAUGAACUGAAGGCUCCUCAGAGAAAGAUGUCCAAGAGCUUAAGCAAGCUGAAAAAAGCAAUUGCAACUACCAGAUUCAUCAAAGCAAUGGAGAGGCUGACGAAAAAGAGCAGUCUGCAUAAAUCACAAAAUCAAUGUUCAGACUCAACCUCGGAGGCAGAAAGAGUUUAUCUGAGGCAUCGAAGCAUGGUUGGAAGGAAAAAUGAUGAAGAAUGGAUGCUCGAUUAUGCACUUAGACAGGUGAUAUCCAAGAUGGCUCCGGAACAUCAGAGAAGAGUCGCACUACUUGCAGAAGCAUUUGAAACACUGCACCCUGACCAGAAAGAGAAGAGCAUUAAAUGUUAUCCUUUAAAAGGUGAAGCCGCUGACCGCAUUGGAUUAGCCACACCCCCAAAUGAAGCGAACAAAUGCUAUCUUGAAUCUCAGCAGCAAAGAUCCAUAUCUAUUGAACAAGUUCUUCAAAAGAAAGAUGAUGGCAUCCAACUACCCACCAGAGAUACAUCUCUAGAAAGAUAUCCAGGGGAACAUCAUGACCAACAGGCAAGCUCAGCAGAUGACGUAAUUAUGCCGGAGACUGAUGAAAUUGCAAUAUCAGAUUCAACUCUGGAGUUGUUUGACAAUGAUUCAAGAUUAGCUUCUGUGGCUGUCAAACUUGAAGAACCAAGUACUGAAAAUGAAGAGACUGGGAGAAGUACUGAAUUUUCUUCCUCAUUAUCAACUGGCAAUUCCGAGGUCGAUAGUGAUAUUGCCACUAUCCUCACUGACAAACAGAAGUACAAAAACAUGUGGCACCUGAUCUAUCAACAUGUUAACCCAAAUGAAGCAUCAACAGCUGGAAAGCAGGAAGUACAUGGAGUGAAUGGAGAGGAACAAGGUGAUGAAGCAGACACAUGCCAGGCAAUAAAUGAUCCAGAAUCAACAACCCUGACUCCUCAAUUAAAGAAGUCUGACGAAGGUGAAGAUAACCAAAAUGCAGAUUUUGAUCAGUCGGCUGCCAUAUAUCUGGUAAAGGAAGCAAUUAAUGCAAUUCUGCAAAGCCAUGAGCAAAAAUCUGAACAAAAGUCCCUUCAAGACCAUUGCGGAGCUGCUGAUGAUGCUAGAGAAUUUUGUUACUCAACGGCUCUAGCUUCUAGACAAGAAAUUUCUGGGGAAAAGAGAGUGGAUAAGCAUAGUAUAUCAGAGCCAAAAGAAAAGCUGCAUAGCGUAGAAAGCACAAGUGGCCCACUCCAACAGCAAGCAGAACAAAUUGAAGCAAUUGAAGCCCCGAAGGAAAUGUCAAAGAGCUUUAGGAAGCUGAAAAAAGCCAUUGCAACUGCCAAAUUCAUCAAGGCAAUGGAAAGACUUAGAAAGAUCAGCCCACGAAAAGUACGACAUUUGUCUGCAGAGAUGGCCACUGAGAAAGAAAGAGUUUAUCUCAGGCAUUUAAGCAUCAAUGAGAGGAAAAAUGAAGAAGAAUGGAUGCUUGAUUACGCGCUUCGAAAGGUUAUUGCUAACCUGGCUCCUGAUCAACAGAAAAAAGUGGCACUACUUGUAGAAGCAUUUGAAAUAGUCAAACCAGCGAGAAAAGGCAUUGAAAAUCAAACGAAAUUAGAGUGGGACCCUGCUAUUGAGUCAGAAAUCUCAACAGACAAUAAGGAACUUCUUGAGUCUAAGCUUGAUGGACCAACAUCUCCAAUGCUUAAUGAUAGACUGAAUAUGCUUGGUAAAGGUUCUACAUCAGGAAAAAGUGUGCAGAAAGAUCAUAGCAUAAAGUUCUUAGACCUCAGGACAGAUUUAUCCCACAAGAUUCUUGAUUCAGAUGACUCCAAUUGUCACAAUCACCAACGAACUAGCAUAAAAGGUUCUCCAGUUAGUGACCCGUUUAGCAGAUCAAUAGUGGGAAAGGAGGAGAUUGAUGCCCAUUCCGUGCAUGAAACAUUUCAACAUACUAAGGAUCCUGAGCAGGAUGACGAGGCUAACAUAACUGAAGGAAUCUUUUGUGACAAACAGAAGAAUACUAGUAUGUGGCACUUGAUUUAUCAACAUGUUGAAUCUGUCAGUGUUGCAGAAGCUGGGAGCAAAGUGAGUGAAGAACUGACCAGUGAGGACCAAAAGAACAAGGGUAGCGCAUCGUCUGAGAUAAUUUCUGAUGCAGAGACUGAUGAUAGUGAUGCAAGCAGCAUAACAAGUGAACUUACUGAGAGUGACGCCAUCAAACUGGUAAGAGAAGCCAUCAAUGAUAUCCUUAAUGCGCCACAAGACCUUCAAAAUGAAUCAACUUCUAACAAUAGAACAGCUGCUUCAGAAGAAGGUCAAAGCGUGUCAAUAGAGGAAAAGCCUAAGAAAAACCUAUCCAGGGGAUUCAGCAAGCUGAGGAAAUUUAUUAUUUGCAAAAAAUUCAUCAAGGCGAUGGAAAAGACACGGAAGUCCUACCCGCAAAAGCAAUUUGGUCUACCCUCAAAUUCUGAUUCAGAAACGGGAAAGGCUCAUCUGAUGACUCGUGCUAUGGGUGAGAAAAAAGGGAUGGAUGAAUGGAUGCUUGAUAAUGUGUUGCAAAAAGUUAUUUCUGAGCUGGCUCCUGUACAACAAAGAAGAGUGUCCUUGUUGGUUAAAGCCUUUGAAAAAGUCAAUCCAAAUGUUGAAGAAAGGGGGAAAGAACUCUACUGCCCUGAAACAAAAUUUUCUGAUACUAUUUCCACAGAAGGGGAAACAAAGAAAAAGGAGGAUGCAUUAUCAUCGCAGGAUUCAGAACUUCCUGGUGGUUUUGACCUCAAGCUAGAUAAAUUAACAACUUCCAGCAAUGAAGUUGUCACAGAAAGAGUUCCGCAAGAAGUCUGCAAAAAGGGAAGUCCUAGCUUAACUAAAGAAUAUGCGCCGAAUGGAGGAACCUGGAGAAGUGGUGGCCCUUGCAGUAAUAUUGCAGCAACAUCUGAUGCAAUCACAACUCUCCCAGAUAACUGUAAGGACCCAACAGAAAUUAAUGGUGCAAAUGCACCAGCUGUUUCACUGGAGGAAAGAACAGAUUUUAGAGAAGAACCAUGCAUUCAGCUCAAGAAGAAAACUUUAAUUGGUGAACACUUGAUUGAGGUUACUGAAAUAGCCUCAAAAUCUGCAAAGAAGUCUCCACAAUCUGAAAACUUGGAAGAUGAAUGGAAUAACCAUUUACAAACAAGUAGAUCUUUGGAAAAAUCUAUCAGCCUGUGGGGCCUAAUACUGCAGCAUGUCGCAACUGAUAUGUUGGAUGAAAAUGAAGCCCCAAAAACAAGUGAAAUUGAUGUACAUGCACAGGGAGACAGCACUAAAAUGUCAGAAAGGAAAAUAGAUGAUUCUUCUCAGCUUUCUUCUAGAGGCAAAAGUUGCAGGGAUAUGGGUGUUCAAACUCCAACAAGUUUUGAGUUUCAAGAAAAUGAAGCAAUUAAGCUGGUAGAGACAGCAGUAGAAGAAAUGCUACUUUUCCAGGACCAGAUUUCUGAUACAGAAUCAAUGACCAGUAGCACAACUUCAGAGCAAGAAGUAUACAGUCCAAAUAAUGGAGAAGAGCCCUCAUCUGCUGCAGCACAGAGCGCUGGAUUUGCAACAUCGCUUCAUAUUGAUACUGUAGCAACUCCAGAUGAAGAUAUAACAUCAUCAAAAGAAAAACUCCCCAACAACUACAGCACGCUUUCCAAAGUCAUUCUGUGUAAGAGGUUCGUCAAGGCAAUGAAAAAAAUGCGAAAACUCAAACCAGUGCAUGAACAAGACCUUUCUCAGACAUCUCACUCAGCAGAAGGCAUUCCUUCAUUACGUCAAGUUUCACCCAAUGAUAAGCAAAGCUGGGAGGAAGCGAUGCUUGAUAAUGCACUUCAGAAAGUUAUUGGAAACCUUGCUCCUGCAAAGAAGCAACGAGUUUCAUUGCUGGUUCAGGCUUUCGAGACAGUUGGUUCACAUCCUGCACCCAGCAGCAGAUGGAAAGGCCGAGCAUGACUCUCAUGAAAAGAAAUUGUAUCACUGUCAUGGCAGAAUCUCAGAUAAAAGAAAAUGAGCAGCGACUCCUAAAAUGCAAGCCAGGAACAGAAUGAUACUCAUAUAUGUUGUCUCUUCCAGAGUUCCAGUCUUCUCUUUCAGACUUUCAAAAUUAGAUGGUGGUGUUGCAGAUGUUUCCAUAUCAAAAUCCAAAAUACAUAUGGUACUUCAACUUUUUUUGAGAAGUUCUAUUUGGGUCUCAAGAUUGCAAGUUAUCCAGUUCUAUAGUACAUAUGUUUCUUUUCAUAGGAAUCAUUAGAAAUGUACAGUUAGUCACAUCGGUUUAUAAUCUGUUAUUGUUGGUUGGUUCUAUUACUUUUAUGUAAUAAUUCAGCAAAUGAUUUGUGAUUAGAUGGAAAUAUGUCCUGUUAUAAAUAAGUAGCCUUAGAAAACAAACCGUAAUGUAAUGAAUCUUCUUCCUCCCCAGUCUCCGGUCCCCACUUCCUCUCCACAUAAUGUGUUGAGUGUUAGAAAUCUAUGUCAUAUUAGAUCUGAA